AUGGCAAUCCUCACCUUCUCCCCCACUGGCCGUCCCUACACUUACGGCGAGCCCUCCUUCGAUGCCCUUGUCGACCGUUACCUGAACACCGCCGCCGCCGGAGAGAAGGCAGAAGAGGGUUGUGAGGCUGCCGCCGCGAACCACCACCGGUUGAGUUCGUGGUUGGAUGCUCUGCAAUUCGAUGCGAGUGAUAGCAUUGAAGAUUUGGAAAUAUUAAAGAAAGGGCUUGAAGAGAUCGCCGUGAAAGUGGCUGAGAAAAUUGAUGACGUUUUUGUUGAUUCUUUGCUCGUUUGA